UGAAAGUGAUGUACACAUCCUCAAAAUGGAUGCAAACAUCACGGAUAUUCCCUUGCCGCCAUUCUACAAUUUUUACUUCCUACCCGGACUUCAUGGUUACAUCGUGGCCAUCUUCGUCGCUGGUCUAGUCACAUUCAUAUCAAAAGUAUUCAACAUUCCCCAUCAAAUUCCAUCGGCCUUUUCAGGCAUUAUCAUUGGACUUGCAGCAAGAUACAUAGGAUACUUUGAAGAGCUUGUUAUGGACGGUCAUCUUCUACAAUCUGUAUACAUCCCUUUGCUGAUUGCCAAAAUAGUCUACAAUAUGGACCAUUAUCUUCUCAAGAAGUCUCUUAUACAAAUCUUCAUUGUAUCAGUAAUUGGUAACACAGCCUUUGUUUUUGCAUUUGGAAUGAUACUGUCUCUCUUCCAAAAGCGAGAUGUACCAAUGUUAAACGUAAUGAUCAUUUCGGUAAUGGUGGCCCCAAACGACAAUCCAGAGCUUCAGAUCUCAGAUGGAAUCAAAAAUCUUGAAACGUUGAUGUAUGGCGAAACAAUUUUAGGCGUGGCUGUGUGUAAUGUAGCACGUCUUAUCUUUACCGGUGUUAUCCACAUGCACAUCGUAGAAUGGUACCAAGGAAUUGCUUUAAUUAUCAGAUACUUUGGAUUUUGCAUUCCGAUUGGAUUCGGAUGCGGUUUGGGAAUGUCGCUGCUCUUUCGUGAGCUGUAUAAUGAUAGCAUGAACGCUGUUGCAACUUAUAUAUCAGCAGCUUAUUUUGUUUACAUUCUUUGCGAACAUUUUGCAUUUACCAACGGAACUUUAGGUACGUUUAUCACUUUAUAUAUGAUGACAGCACAACGUACCAAGUUCCUGUCCAAAACCGAUGACGAAGUAAAACUCUGUUGUAAUGUGGGAUUUGCAUUGGUCCACACACUUCUUUCAAUCUUCUGUAUUGCUGAUAGUGUUUACUGGGUUAAAGAAUAUCUACCAGUAAGCUUAUUAGAAGCAAUAGCGGUUUAUAUCAUGGGCAAUGUCAUCAGAUUGAUCAUCUUCCUCUUGGCAUCGCCAUUAUUGAGCCGUAUUGGAUAUGGCUUUGAGUUUGCUAGUUUAGUAACUCUUUUCUGGGCGGUGCAGAAAGGACCAUUGCAAAUGAUUCAAGUGUUUAAAUUACAUAGCGAUCCCGGAGAGUUCCAAAUAUUGGAAUCAUUAAACUUCUACGUUGUAAUCUACGUUAUACUAACGUCCAUUGUAAAUGGAACCACAUUAAAAGUCUUCCUGAAAGCUUUUGGAUUGAUUAAAUUAUCUAACAGAAGAAAAGCCAACAUCAGUAUCGCUGUAACUAAUCUUAAUGCAAUUGGCAGUAAAGUAUUGACCAGUUUGAAAGGAAACCGAUUCUAUUCAGAUGUAAAUUGGGCGGUGAUUAACACUCAUAUAGUUUUGAGAAAUCCGUAUGAAGAUCUUUCAACCCUUUGGACCAAAGACAACGUUAUUUGUCACGUUUGCAAUGCGGCUGUACCACUAAAACCCACAAGAGACGAAUAUAAUGAACAUUUAAAAGAUGUUACGAUAAGAACAUUGAAAGCCCAACGAGUUUCCUUCUUAGAACAACAUGAACUCGGCUUACUAUCCAAGCAAGACGUCGGAAUAUUAUUAGAAGCGAUUGACAUUGCAAUGGAUUCGACAAAUAUGACUAUAAACAUGGAUGCUCUGCUUUCUUGCAUGGAUUCAAAUAAAGCAUUUGUUGUUACAAAAAGAGUAAGAAAAAUCUUAACAAUCGACAGCAGCAUUAAAAUACCAAGAACUGUGCACAGAAGAAAGUGCUAUAAAAUUACUAACUCUUUAAGUUUUGAGCUUGUUGUAUGUGUGAUCGUUUUGAUAGAUGUGGCUGGUCAAAUCAUAAGAUUAUGUGCUGAUUAUUCGCCGGUUAUUGAAGCAUGCUUAUUGACAAUAGCAUCAUUGUGUUUUAUCUGUUAUAUCGCCGAGGCAGCACUCAGGAUCGUGAGUUUUUCAAACGGGUCACUACGCAACGAUAUAAAAUAUUACAUACGUAAUAUUUGGAAUCAAAUUGAUGUAUUUGUGAUAACAAUAUCAAUUAUUAAUCUAUUACUGAGCACUUCUUGCAAAUAUGAUUCAAAGGACUAUACUGAAUGUAAAUAUCGGCAUUGCAUUAAAUUCCUAAUGUGUUUCAAAUUACUCCGAGUGUUCUCUAAACUAUAUCCUAUUUAUAUUGCAAAAAUGGAACGUCGAAAUGAAUUGAAACUUAUGAGAGCGUUUGGAGUUGCCCAGGGAAUUGUGACAAGUUGUGAUGAAGUAAUCAACAUGUUACCUACAUUAACUGAACAAUCCAAUAUACGAGCGGUGAUCAAAAUUAACUUGGAACAAAUACGUGCAACUAUCACCCAAAAAAUGGGCAUGCUGGAGAAAGCUCGACCCUCACUGACCACGACAAUAAAAACAAAGCAAUCGUUAAGAUGCGUCUUAAAGCAUUUGAAUCAUGGUAUUAGAGAAUUGCGUGCGUCAGGUUUAAUAGACUCAUUUGAGUUUCAAAAGUUAAACAGAUCCGUCUCCUUGAAGACUAAGUUUUUGUCAAAUGUGCAAAUUUUGGAAGUAAUUCCACCGACGUUGAUCUUUCAAGAAAUCGCAUGGCUUUAUAAUGAGGACGAAGUUUUAGAGUACAUUUAUUCGAACGUAAAGAAUCAAAUAUUCAAUGCUGGCGAUAUUUUGUGUGAACCCGGCGAUUAUCUCGAAGGAAUUUAUAUCAUUGUAGCAGGCUACUUUAAAGUAACCUACUACCCAACUCCUAGACUGAUUGAAAGACUUCAAGCAAAUGGGGAGCUCCCAUGUAAAGAAUUCUUAGAGUAUUUGAGAUUUGACGAAGUGCACGAAGAUUAUCUCUCAUGUGGUAACCGCAUGGGUGAGCUUGCGUUGUUGACAAAUCGUCCUCAUCGCUGUUCGAUUAUUUCCGAAGCACCUAGCCAAGUAUUCAUUAUUCCGAAAGAAGUUCUAGACCGUGCUAAGGAUUUAAGUCCUGAUCCUGCUAUAGGAGUUACUGCAAGAAUAUGGAAGUGUGUUGCAUAUAGUCUCAGUCGCCGUCUCCUUUUAACUACCACGGCAUAUCAAUCGACGUCCAAACAAGAGGCUGAUUAUGCAUUAAUACGCUCCGUUAUCCCAAAUACUGAUUAUUACAAUGUUAUUAAUUUGCCGCCGGUUGUCGAAGACGUGCUGCUUAUAGAAGGAAUAAUCGUGGAUUUUAACACCAGGGACAUUUAUAUUGCUCCAUGUCCACUACCUAGGCAUGUGAGGAAAUUACUCAUGCCGAAAGGUGACUUAAUAGCGCGAAAAGUGAGCACUAAGUUAAUGUUCAUCCCCGACAGCAAUACUGAUGAAUAUGAGAUGAUGUUAACUGUUCAAAAGGAUUCAGAACUUAUGGAUGAACCUGAGUGCACACUUUUAACCGAACAGAUGAACAGGCAUAGGCGUUUUGAAAGUCAUCUCUUUAGUUUCAAUAAGCCAAAAUCGCACAAAGUAAUGUCUACCACCGGUGGAGUGUUUUACCAUACAGAAUAA